CAUUGAACCACCAGCUCUGCUUGUCCCAUUUACAAUUUGAGCUCUCUGAAGCGCACAGUAGUAGUAGGGCAGCUUGAUGUGAUUGUGAAGAUGGAACCAGACAACAGCACGCUGGACCCGUUCCUCCUUCUGAAUGGCACAGAUGAGCCAGUCCUCCUCAGCACAGAGGCACCCUGGGACGAGGCCACCCUGCUGGCCCUCCAGAUCUCCCUGUCGGUGGCUCUGGCCUUGAUCACGCUGGCCACCACGCUGUCCAACGGCUUCGUGAUCACCACCAUCUUCCUGACGCGCAAGCUCCACACGCCGGCCAACUUCCUCAUCGGCUCUCUGGCCGUCACUGACCUGCUGGUGUCCAUCCUGGUGAUGCCCAUCAGCAUUCUCUACACGGUCAGCAAGACCUGGACGUUGGGCCAGAUCGUCUGCGACAUCUGGCUCUCCUCGGACAUCACCUUCUGCACGGCGUCCAUCCUGCACCUGUGCGUGAUCGCGCUGGACCGUUACUGGGCCAUCACGGACGCACUCGAGUAUUCCAGGCGCCGGACGACGCGCCGCGCCGCCGUCAUGAUCGCCGUGGUCUGGGUGAUCUCCAUCUCCAUCUCGCUGCCGCCGCUCUUCUGGCGCCAGGCCAAGGCCAAGGAGGAGCUGAAGGAGUGCGUGGUCAACACCGACCAGAUCUCCUACACGCUCUACUCCACCUUCGGGGCCUUCUACGUGCCCACCGUCCUCCUGGUCAUCCUCUACGGACGCAUCUACGUGGCGGCGCGCUCGCGCAUCCUCAAGUCCCCGGCUGCCUGCGGCAAGCGCUUCACCACGGCGCAGCUCAUCCAGACGUCGGCCGGCUCGUCGCUCUGCUCCCUCAACUCUGCCAACCAGGAGGCGGCGGGCAACUUGCACCCCAUGGUGGGGGGCAGUCUCGGGGGUGGAGGCUCGCCGCUGUUCGCCAGCAGCGUGAAGGUGAAGCUGGCUGACAGCGUGCAGGAGCGCAAGCGCCUGUGCGCGGCGCGGGAGAAGAAGGCCACAAAGACCUUGGGUAUCAUCCUGGGGGCCUUCAUCGUCUGCUGGCUGCCCUUCUUCGUCUUCACGCUGGUCACGGCCAUCUGCAAGGACAACUGCUGGGACGACCCGCUGCUCUUUGACGUCUUCACCUGGCUGGGCUACCUGAACUCGCUCAUCAACCCCGUCAUCUACACCAUCUUCAACGACGAGUUCAAACAGGCCUUCCAGAAACUCAUCAGGUUCAAAGUCAGGCGUUGACGGCUAAAGGCUUCCACACACCGGCUCCGACAAAGUGCUGAGCACUGCUCCACAAAAGUUUGAUUCCAUUGUUUUCAAAACAACCCUGCACACUGGCGCCGAUGUCCGCGGACAUUUGCGGAUGUCGGAUAGCGAUUAAAGACAAGUUCUAUUUUGUCGAUGCCGCCCAUUGACUAUCAAUGCUCAUGUGAAAUUGGGUUUGGGGGUUCGAAUAAUGUCGGAAGCGAAAGUGCUGUCGGAGCCUAUGUGCAGCCGGCCUAAGUCAGUAGAAAAUCUAGUCAAAAAUGUUCAUUUGUAAUUCAUAGGACCUUCACUUCAUUGCAGUUUUGCUGAGUAAUGUGCAAUCAGUGAUGGCAACAACUUUUUUUUCAAUUCAGAGAACUGGUUAAGGAAUUGAUAGCGCUUAUAGGGUUCAUGUCUUGUGCUGGCUUUGUAAAAUUCUGCAUGCAAUGUCCAAGGAAAAGUGUGGUCUCUCUGUCUGUCUCUCUUUCAGGAUUCAUCAUAAUUCGCCUUACCAAAAUGAAGAAGACACAACUAAAUGCGUAAUAAUUCAGUUAGUGGUAAUUGCAUACAACAGGAAUAUGACUGUAUUGACUGCAUUGAACUGGAAAGUGAACACAAAGAGAACUUGGAAUUGUGGUCAAUUGUGUAAAAUUAUGCCAAAAGAAGGAAUACGUGAUAGCAUUUUAGAGCAACUGAAAUGUGUGUGAUAGGCUAUGUAUAAUGUAUAAAGUUUCUGUGUAUAAGAUCAGCUGCAAUUCACAUUGAAUUAUAUUUAGUUCUGUAAUAUAUUUUGGCUCAUCUAUAAAAAUAGUAAAGAGUCACACAUUUUA